GUAAAUACCUCCGUUUAUACUCUAUUGGAGUUUUUGUUUAUGCUUCACCCAGCUGUUUUGAUCUGUCUUGGUAUUUCUAGUGCUUAUGCAGCACAGUGCCCAGUACGUACUGUUCAUUGGUGUGGAUGUACAUUGAGUUAAUCAGUGAGUGAGUCUAGUCUGCUGAUUAGGACUGGCCCCGCCCCUUAUAAGACUGCUUCCUGUUCUAUAGAAGGCUUCCUUAAGCAUAGUUGCUACAUUCCUUUAGUUGUGAGUUGGUGACGGUGAGAGAGGGUAUCUGGGUAGAAGGGUAUGGUGGUUACUAUAACCCAAGUACAAAGUGUGGGGCUGUUGCCAAGUCUCUGGGUUUCUUUAGCCCUUGUUGAGUAUAAAGAGGAAGGACAACUGAACCACACCUUUCCUCUGAAGUUUUUACAUUCUUAAGAGACAAUACUUCUGAGGGGGUGGUGGGUGUUAGGGAGAAGGAACUGUGAGCCAACAGCUAUUUUGGUACUUUUUCCCUUUCUCUAGUGAGGGUGUCAUGUCAUGUCCCCGGGAGUGAGUGUUGGCUGUAUCUGACAGGAGUGGGGUAUAUGUGUGUAAGUGGGAGAGUCCUUGGUAGAAUGAAAAUUGUUAUGCUCUUUUGGUUGGCUCUGGAUUUCCAUCUCUUAAGAGUACGUAAUCAGGCAGUUAAGGGUCUAGUUCUCUAUUUCCUGCUGUGUGGGCUUCUAGGGAGGGAUCUUUGAUAGGCAGAACAAAAUUUCUUCCUUAACAGCCCCAGAGGGCUGGAGUCAGAUCAAGACUGGGUUUCUUGAUUACUUGUUUGUUUGUUUGCUCGUUCCUUCAUUCACUUCACUUAAGCAUUCACACAUUCAACAAAUAUUUAUUGAGUCUUUAGGCACUGUUCUAGGUACUGGGGAUACAACAGUAAAUAAAACAGACAAACCGGCCCUCAAUGAGCUUACAUUCUAGUGGGGAAGAUAGAUAAUUUCAGUAGUGGAAACUGCUAAGAAGAACGUAGGGUUAGGAAGCUAGAAAGUGAAGGUGGGAAGCUGUACUAUUUAGAUAGAAUUGUUGAAUAGCGCCUCUCUGAGGAGAUGGCGUUUGAAAAGAACAGAGUGAUGCGAGCACUGUGAAGACCAUAAGAAGAGCAUUCCUGGCAGAGGGGAUGGGAAGUAUUCACGAAGGCCUGGAUGAGAAAAGUAUGACUGAGGAGGAUGGUUGGUUAUACGGAUUAGACUGUAUAGGUCAAGGCAAGGGAUUUGGAUUAUUACUAGUGUGAUAGGAAAUAAUUGGAAGGUAUUCAGCAGAAGAGAGAUGUAAUGUAAUUUAUGUUUUAAAAAUAUCACUCUGGUUGCUAUGUGGAGAAUAGAUUCUGACGGAGGGCAAGACUGGAAGCAUGGGGACCCGAUUGGAAGUUAUUGCAAUAGUGAGUCAUAUUUUGAGGGUAUAGAUGAUAACGUUUGCUGAUGAACUGGAUAUUGGAAGUAAGGAAAAGAAGAAAUGAGGAUGAUACCGAGCUUUUUAGCCUGAGCCUAUUUGUAAGUCUGGACUGGUCAAUAACCUCUGGGCUUGCCACUCCAGCCUAGUGUAUUUUCUGGCUCCAUGGCCAGCAACUGGCUCCUACAGACCGGAUGAAGCAGACUGGAAACACGAGGGAAGACAGCCUCCAGCUGGCAAAUUCUCAGAGUGUAGUGCUCUGGCCGCUGGCCCUGUCCAGCCUGCCUCAUGGAGAGGAUGAACUGGCUGAGCAGACUGGCCUCCCGGGGCCCUGGGCACCGUGUACCUCAAGGGGCCAGUCUGCAGACCCCUGUCAUGGCUGACCCUGAGACUUGCCUCAUGGUCUUCAAGAAUCACUGGUCCCAGGUGGUGCGGAUCCUGGAGCGGCAAGGCCCUCGGGCAGCUCUCGGGGGUGCAGAUGACCUCAGCGCUGUGCGCAACCAUACCUACCAGAUGGUGACGCUGCUGGCGGAGGAUCGCGCCAUCCCUUUGUCCCCCGCUGCCCCCGGGCCCCUUCUGGAGUUUGCUCUGCGUGAGGAUCUGCUAAACCGUGUGUUGGCCUGGCAGCUUCAGUGGGAUGAGCUUGGGGAUGGGGUUGAAGAACGGCGGGCUGAGCAACUGAAACUCUUUGAGAUGCUGGUGAGCGAAGCCCGCCAGCCACUGCUGCGGCAUGGUCCAGUUCGUGAGGCUCUGCUGACCUUGCUGGGUGCCUGUGGCCGCCCUGUGCCCAGCAGCCCAGCACUGGAUGAAGGCCUGGUGCUACUUCUCAGCCAGCUGUGCGUGUGUCUGGCCCGGGAGCCUUCAUUGCUUGAGUUCUUCCUGCAGCCACCUCCUGAGCCUGGAGCUGCCCCCCGUCUCCUCCUCUUUUCUCGCCUUGUUCCCUUCGUCCAUCGAGAGGGCCCCCUGGGCCAGCAGGCCCGUGAUGCCCUACUCCUGCUUAUGGCUCUGUCAGCUGGGAGCCCCACUGUGGGUCGUUACAUCGCAGAUCACUCUUACUUCUGCCCGGUGCUGGCUACAGGAUUGAGUGCCCUGUACUCCUCCCUGCCUCGAAAGAUUGACGUUCCAGGGGAUGACUGGCACUGCCUGCGACGGGAGGACUGGCUGGGAGUGCCAGCCCUUGCACUCUUCAUGAGUUCCCUAGAGUUCUGCAAUGCAGUCAUUCAGGUGGCCCACCCUCUGGUGCAGAAGCAGCUGGUCGACUAUAUCCAUAAUGGGUUCUUAGUACCUGUCAUGGGCCCUGCUCUGCACAAGACCUCUGUGGAGGAGAUGAUUGCCAGUACCGCCUAUCUGGAACUUUUCCUACGGAGUAUCUCAGAGCCUGCCUUGCUCCGUACCUUCCUGCGAUUCCUGCUGUUACACCGGCAUGACACCCACACCAUCCUUGACACCCUCGUUGCCCGCAUUGGCAGCAACUCCCGGCUCUGCAUGGUCUCUCUGAGUCUCUUCAGGACCCUACUGAACCUCAGCUGUGAGGAUGUCCUGCUGCAGCUGGUUCUCAGGUAUCUUGUUCCGUGUAACCAUGUGAUGCUGAGCCAGAAGCCAGCUGUGCGCGAUGUGGACCUAUACGGACGAGCAGCCGACAAGUUUCUCUCCCUAAUCCCACGCUGUUGUCGGCACCGUGCCCCCAGCCCACCCCGUCCAGAGCAUGCCUCGUGGGCACGAGGUGGGCCUAGCAGAGAGGCAGGGAGAAGGGAGGACACUACGGGCCCUGGAAGCCCAAGUGUUGACUCCUCUUCUGUGGUGACAGUACCCCGGCCCUCUACGCCUUCUCGCCUGGCCCUCUUCCUGCGACAGCAGAGCUUGGGUGGCUCUGAGUCCCCAGCCCCAGCCCCUCGCUCACCAGGGCUUGCUGCAUCCCCAGCCUCUAGCCCUGGCCGACGGCCCAGCCCUGCUGAGGAGCCUGGUGAGCUGGAAGACAAUUACCUGGAGUAUCUGCGUGAGGCGCGCCGUGGUGUGGACCGCUGUGUCCGAGCCUGCCGUACCUGGUCUGCCCCCUAUGAUGGCGAGCGGCCCCCUCCUGAACCCAGUCCUAUUGGCUCCCGGACUAAGAAACGCAGCCUACUGCCAGAGGAGGACAGGGACAAUGUGGGGGAAGUGGAAGAGGAAGAGCUGGGGAGUGGGGGACUGGCUGGGGGGGCAGGGGAGGGCCCCAGCCAUCUGCCUCCUCCCCAGCUCAAUGGGAUGCCAGGACCAUGGCCUGAGGGGGCCAAGAAAGUUCGUCGGGUGCCACAGGAGGGAGCUGGGGAACUGCUAGAGGGCACCUCCGAGGGCAUGGCAGGACUAGAGGGCUUUGGGCAGGAGCUCCGGGAACUGGAGGUGGCAUUGAGCAAUGGGGGAGCUGGCUCAGAGCCCCCCCUAGAGCCUCCACUACCUCUUGAGGAGGAGGAAGCCUACGAGAGCUUCACCUGUCCCCCUGAGCCCUCUGGCUCCUUCCUCAGCAGCCCUUUGCGGACUCUCAACCAGCUGCCAAGCCAGCCCUUCACUGGCCCCUUCAUGGCUGUGCUCUUUGCCAAACUCGAGAAUAUGCUGCAGAACUCCGUCUAUGUCAACUUCCUGCUGACGGGGCUGGUGGCCCAGCUGGCCUGUCACCCCCAGCCCCUGCUCCGCUCUUUCCUGCUCAACACCAACAUGGUCUUCCAGCCCAGUGUCAAGUCCCUGCUGCAGGUGCUGGGCUCUGUGAAGAAUAAGAUUGAGAGCUUUGCAGCCUCCCAGGAGGACUUCCCAGCACUGCUCUCCAAAGCCAAGAAGUACCUCAUUGCCCGUGGCAAGUUGGACUGGGCUGAGGGCCCCACAGCAGGACCUGUUCCCCGCCGCUCCGAUCCUCUAGUGAAGAGCCGGAGGCCGUCCUUGGGGGAGUUGCUCCUGCGGCAUGCACACAGUCCCACCAGGGCCCGGCAGGCAGCGCAGUUGGUUCAUCAGCCUGGGAGAGAUGGCACGGGACUUGGCCUAGGUGGGGGCUCCCCUGGGGUAGAAACUCCGGUUCUGCCCCCCCGGGGCGGGGCCCCUGAGCGCCAAGGCGAGGCUCUGCGCGUCAAGAAUGCUGUCUACUGUGCAGUCAUUUUCCCCGAGUUUCUCAAGGAGUUGGCUGCCAUCUCCCAGGCCCAUGCUGUCACCUCACCUUUCUUGUUGGAUUCUUCAGAAGAGGGAUGUACCCUUCCCAUCUCAGGCUUCGGGCCCCUCAAUCCUUAACUUUCUUCCAUGGACAAUCAGGGCCUUGAGUGGCCUGGGCUGGGGCCAGGGUCCAGGCUCCUUUUUAUGUUUGGAGGCAGUGGCAAGAGGACUUUUUAAUUUAUUUCAGAUGAAUGUUUUAUGGAGAACUUGUUGCAAUAUGUAUAAAAGGGAAAUCUCUA